GUCGCUUUCCUUCACUGACCUGCUCAAAGCUACAGACACAAAGACAGCCAUUAGCAUAGGCACUGUAUAAAAAUCUUUAAAUUCCUCUCUGGCAAAAGACACCUUAUGUGCAAUUACCGGGAACAAUAACCUGGGGCAAAAAUAUUUACCACAGUGAUGCCAAAAAGGAGACAAAGCCCUUCAUGGGCAACUUAUGCAUAUGGUUAAGGGAAAAAACCCAAUGGCCUGCAAAGAAGGACAUGCACAGCCAUGUUAAAAAUGAGAAAUACGAAUAAACACCUGAAAAGGGAGACGGUGACGUUCAAGGAUGUGGCAGUGGUCUUCUCGGAGGAGGAGCUGGCGCUGCUGGACCCUGCCCAGAGGAAGCUGUAUGGAGACGUGAUGCUGGAGAACUUCAGGAACCUGAUUUCUGUGGGUGAGCACAGGCUCUUUAUGGGAGGAAAGAUCCAAAGUAAGAUGAAGACUGUUUUAGAAGCAGAACCAUCUGAAGAGCUUUCCUGCUGGCAGAUCUGGCAACAGAUUGCAAGUGACUUAACCAGGUGUCAGGGCUCCAUGAUAAAGAGUUCUCAGCUCCCCAAACAAGGUGAUUCACCCGGACAGGUUGGGGCAGGACAGUCUGUAACUCACACAGGCCAGAAACCUGAUCAGUCUAGUGAACUUAAGAAAUAUUUCAGUGAUGUCUCCAGCCUUGAUCUUCAUCAACAAACACACUCAGGAGUGAAGUCUCAUAUAUGUCGUGAGUGUGGAAAAAGCUUCUGUUAUAGUUCAGCACUUCAUAUUCACCAGAGAGUUCAUCUGGGAGAGAAACGCUACAAGUGUGAUGAAUGUGGUAAGGAAUUUAGCCAGAGCUCCUGUCUGCAAGCUCAUCAGAAAGUUCACACUGUGGAGAAGCCGUUCAAGUGUGAGAAGUGUGGGAAUGGCUUCUGUCGUAGAUCAGCACUUAAUGUUCAUUAUAAAUUGCACAUGGAGGAGAAACCUUAUAACUGUGACCAAUGUGGAAGGGCCUUCAUUCAUGCUUCCCAUCUUCAGGAACAUCAGAGAAUCCACACUGGGGAGAAACCCUUCAAAUGUGAUAAAUGCGGUAAGAAUUUCCGACGUAGAUCAUCGCUUAAUAGUCAUUGUAUGGUCCACACAGGAGAGAAACUGUUCAAAUGUGAGGAGUGUGGGAAGUGUUUCUUUUGUAGCUCAAAUCUUCAUAUCCACCAGAAGGGCCACACACGAGAGAAACCUUAUAAGUGUGAGGAGUGUGGGAAGGGCUUCAUUCAGCCUUCGCAUUUUCGGGCCCAUCAGAGAAUCCAUACUGGAGAGAAACCAUAUGUAUGCAAAGUGUGUGGUAAAGGCUUUACUAUGAGUUCAAAUCUUCAGGCACAUCAGAGAGUCCACACAGGAGAGAAACCAUACAAAUGUGAUGAGUGUGGGAAGAACUUCGGUACAAAAACCCGUUAUCAAGUGCAUCUGGUAGUCCACACGGGAGAGAGACCCUAUAAAUGUGAGGUAUGUGGGAAGGACUUCAGUCAGAGAGCAUAUCUUCAAUCCCAUCUAAAGACCCACAGCGUAGAGAAACCUUACAAGUGUGAGGAGUGCGGGCAGGGCUUCAAUCAGAGUUCCCGACUUCAGAUUCACCAGCUGAUCCAUACUGGUGAGAAACCACACAAAUGUGACGAGUGUGGGAAGGGAUUCAAUCGUAGAGCAGAUCUCAAAAUUCAUUGCAGAAUCCACACAGGAGAGAAACCGUUUAAUUGCGAGGAGUGUGGGAAAGUAUUCAGGCAGGCUGCAAAUCUUCUGGCCCAUCAGAGAAUCCACAGUGGAGAGAAACCAUUCAAAUGUGAAGAGUGUGGGAAGAGUUUCGGUCGCAGUUCACACCUCCAAGCCCAUCAGAAAGUCCACACUGGGGAAAAGCCAUACAAAUGUGAGGAGUGUGGGAAGGGCUUCAAGUGGAGCUUGAAUCUUGACAUGCAUCAGAGGGUCCACACGGGAGAGAAACCCUACAAGUGUGGGGAGUGUGGUAAGCACUUCAGUCAGGCCUCAAGUCUGAAGGUUCAUCAGAGUGUUCACAGUGAAGAGAAACCAUACAAAUGUGAUGUGUGUGGCAAGGUCUUCCGCCACUCUUCGCAGCUGCAAUCUCAUCAGCGGGUUCACACGGGGGAGACACCUUAUAAGUGUGAGACGUGUGGUCAGAGCUUCCGUUGGCGAUCAAAACUUUCACAUCAUCGCAAAACUCAUGGUGGCAAUACAUUUUAUGAAAGUAAGAAGAGUGGUAAGAACAUCAAAGGAUCAUCAGAAAGAUGUUCAAAAUGAUGCUUUGUAAAACCCUGAAUUCCUGUCAUCACGGAGUCUCAUAAGAGAGAAAACACUUGUGUUAGUUUAGUUGGUACUUAAGCAAUAAUUGAACAUAUCUCAGCUUUCACAAGAUAACACAGUGGAGAAACCCCUGUAAGUGGUGUGGUGAGUCUUUUUUCAGAAUCACUUAGGAGGUAGUAGUACUUAGGAAAAGAGUUUGGUCUGACCUUUAACACAAGUAUAAGGAUGGGUAUACCAGAAUUGAUACCCACUAGAAUGUAAGCUCCAUGAGGGCAGGGACUUUGCUGCUAAGUCUACACAGCCCUCAAAGCUAGAGGCAUCAUAAUUCUGGACUUCAAGUUAUAUUACAAAACUGUAGGAAAUAAAACUGUUAUGGUACUG